AUGUCGGUGGUUUCGAGCGCGGCAAGCGCAAAGAGCGUGAAGAGCACAAAAAGCGCCAAAAACAAAGAGGACGAUGAGGUGGCGAACAAAGUGAAGUUGCUUGUCCGGAAGCGUGGCCAAGCGAUGGCGAAGGUGACCAACACCAAGAAAACCGUCGACACGAUCGGAAACCUAACCCCAGCGCAGCUGCUCGUGUUCCAGAAGCAGCUCAACAACUACUACUCGGAGUGGCACUUCUACCACGACCAGAUACUGGAUCUGGUCGAUGAUGAGCAGGUGCAGGACCACAUGGACAACUGCAACAAAUUCGAGGAGCACUACGCGGUGGUGCUGACCGUCCUGGAGACCGUGUCCCUGGCGCAAGCAGCUCCGGCCCGGCAAGAAGAGAAAGUCGUCUUUCAGCAGCAGCCGCUGAAAGUUCCGAUGCCGAGCUUCGACGCUGCCGGCUUCAUCGACGCGAAGACAAUCAACGACAACAACUACGAGCACGCAUGGAACAUGCUGGAGGAGCAAUACGAGAACUUGCGGAUCAUCGUGGAUACCCAUAUCCGUGGCCUCCUCAGUCUCAAGAAGAUGACCAAGGAGUCGUACAAGGAGCUGAAAGAGCUACUGGACGAGUGCACGCGGCACGUCGCGAACCUCGAGUACCACGGUCAAGAGCUGACCGGAGUGUCGGAGUUGAUGGUAGUAAAUCUACUGUCGGAUGCCCUGGAAAAGGGAACGCGCAAGAAUUGGGAGUCGACGCUCGCUCGCGGUGAGUUGCCAACCUACGAGGACACCGUGGCUUACCUCAAGGUGCAGUGCAACGUGUUGGAGCGGUGCGAGGCUGCAAGUGCGUCAACUAAGAGUCCACAAACAAAACCUACUGCGGCGCCAAAAACGACGUCGUACAAGUCACACGCGGUCACGACAGCAGAGAAGGCAUCCACGCAGUGCGACUUCUGCGCCGGCGAUCACAUUAACUUCAGUUGCCCCAAUUUCGCCAAGCUAUCAACCAACCAGAGAACCGAAAAGUUGAAGGCGCACCGGCUGUGUUUCAACUGCCUGCAGAAGGGGCACAGCGCCAAAGAGUGCAGGUCGAAGAACUCCUGCAGAAAGUGUGAGAAGCGCCACCACACGUUGCUGCACUUCGAGAACGCUCAGCCAGCCAGAUCGUCACACGCCCAGUCGGCGCCCAAGCAGGAGGAGUCGAAGCCGAACGUGUCACCAAAGCCCGAGUCCGUGGAGCCGCUACCAAGUGGAUCAUCCGCAACGUCGUGUGUUUGCAACCAGCCUCAAGACUCCCAGGUGUUCCUGAUGACAGCCAUCGCGCAGGUAGUGGACAACAGCGGCGUAGAGCAUCAGUGUCGCAUCCUCCUGGACUGCGCCUCGCAGGUUAGCACCAUUCGUGCUGGCUUUGCCGCGAAGCUGGAUCUACCUAGGUAG